CUUUGUGGAGCAGCCAUUUGACCCACUUAUAAAAAUAAUAUUGCCAUUCACUUACUCUUCAAACUUUUUAGAAAAGGGGAUCAUGAGACCUGGAUACUAUUUUAUCUCAGAAAUUCUUCUCACUUUUGGAAUUAUCUUCCUGGGAGUUACGCAAGUUAUUGGUGACGAAAAUAGUUUGGAAGUUUUUCGUUCACACAUAAAUGAUUGUUACACAAAUUCCGCUGCAUUAGGCGAAAGCUUAAUUUCCUGUUUACAAUGUGUUCAAAACAGUAAAGAUGAAUGCAACAGAGUCUGUCUUUCUACCGAAGAAGAUGAAUCUGAGUGUACUCGUAACUGUUGGAGAUAUGCUAAAUAUGGAACAUUCUCUUGUAGAACGAAUCUUGGAUAGCAUGUUCGGGAUAAAUCAUUUUCUGAACAGAACACAAGAUAUUUUAUUAAGUUAAAUAAUUCAAUUUAAGCAAAGUAACUGUUUUAUAAUAAAAUAUUUGUGCAAGCAUUAUU